AUGUCAAAUGAGACACCACCGAUUAGCUCAUCAAUGAUUUCUCUGAACCCUGAAUCCCAUGGGAAAGCGAAGAUUGCGAUCCCAAGACAGCGUUCAAUUGUUGCACCGAAGCUAGGCAGACGUGUUCCACGGGCAUGCGAAUCAUGCCGGAUAAGGAAAACCAAAUGUAGUGGCGAUGCUCCGAGCUGCAGACAAUGCCGAGAACUUCGAGUGGUUUGUUUAUAUCCGCUGGGAAUGCGUGAAAAGUUGAAGAGGUGGGCGAGUGCAAAUCAUUUUCGUACCGAAUUCACGUUGACCAGCCCGAAUAUCAGACAGCAAGAAGACCUUUCAGUGAAACUGCAAAUGUCUCAGAGCCUAUUGAAAGAAGCAGAGCAAUUUGUGCCCGGGCGCACAGCUCAACGAAUCAAGGAAUUUUUGGAUUCAGACUCUGGAUAUGUAUCCAACGAUAUUAAAGGUGAUAAAUUUCGCGACAGUCUGGGGGAAAUAUCCCAAGAACCGGCACAUGAGCAUGCCAGUUCGGAUUCUUCCAUUGGGUCACUAAGUGCUCUGGACGAAGUCGAAUACGAUGUCAAUCUGACUAAGGAAUCUCGAGCCACGGGAUAUAUAGGAAAAAGCUCGGAAAUCACUUGGAUGCAAAGCCUGCAGCAGGAGAUCCUACAACGCACCAAUACCCUGAACAAAGACCACACCACGGGCGAUCAUUUAGGCCCUCAUGAGAUUAAUUAUCACGUUGAUGAUUUCGAUAUAGGGGUAUCAGAGCCAGUACAAAUGUACUGGGUGCCCCCGCGGCCGCUAGCUGAUAAACUCCUCGACACUUACAUGCGUGUGGCCCACCCUUACAUCCCUAUUCUGAAUCGUCCUUUAUUUUGUAGUCAGUAUGAGAGAUUUUUCGACAGACCUAACCUUCCUGGUGACAAAUGGAUGGCUAUUCUGAACAUUGUUUUUGCAAUCGCCGCUACCUAUGCUCAUACUACCGAGUUGGAUUGGCGUGGGGACCCUAAAGAUCAUCUACUUUAUCUGACUAGAGCUCGAAUGUUAAGCAUGAGCGGAGAUGAGGUAUUUCGCCACCCUGACCUCCAACAAGUUCAAGUGGAGGGCUUAAUGGCUUUCUAUCUUCUCUCCACAGAUCAAAUUCAUCGGGCCUGGAGAAUGUCGGCAUUGGCCAUCCGCUCCGCAGUGGCUCUUGGAAUCAACUUGAAAAGCUGCAACCCAAUGAUUACGAAUAUCUCGAAAGAGGUUCGGAACAGGGUCUGGUGGUCGCUCAUUACAAUUGAGAACAAACUCAGCCUGAUGACAGGUCGGCCUAAUUGUAUCUCGGUGAGCAUGUGCGCUUCACCGCUGCCACUGCCGUUCGAUGAACAAGAUUUAGACCAGGAACCGGCUACCUCUCUUCUCAACAAUCCUCAAACUCGGGAAGGUCAAAUAAAUGAAGCCAUGAGUAGCUCGUAUUUUCGGAUGGGCCCCUCUGCCAGAUCCAGAAACGAACGGCAUACACCAUCUCCUCCUGCAUGGCUCCAUUCACUCCCCGUUUCGACUGGACUAUACUUUUUGUAUUCUUGUGACCUCACAUUACUGGUGCAGGAACUCCUAGACCGUGUGUACGCGGCAGAUGCUGUUCAUCAACCAUGGAAGGAUCUUAAAAAUCGAAUUGACGAGAUCCGAGAAAGAGUCGACAUGUGGCUUGGCUCACUUCCGCCUGACUUAGAUUUCACUCGCCCGAAUGAUUAUCGUCAAGCCCCCGAAGAAAGGACCCGCCUGGCUUUCCAAUAUUACAGCGCCCGAAUCAUACUAGGUCGCCCAUGCAUUUGUCGACAGCACAAAGAAAUGUCGCACAACACAAACGAGGAAUAUUGUUUCACGAGAUUCAUGGCUGUAUCUGCCAUUAAGUCUGCCAUUCAAAUGGCCCAUCUGAUCCCAGAGGAGCCAAAUACGGACGUUUCCGAAGCAAUUUGCCACUGGUGGUGCCUUCUCCAUUAUGCCAUGCAGACGUUAACAGUCAUUAUUCUUGAAAUAUCCUACGGUUGUGUUCAUCUGCCGGAGGAAGCGAGCAAUCUACUACAGUUGGCGAAGAAAUGCAUAAAAUGGCUCGAUAGAAUGUCCACACACAGUGUUGCUGCUCAUCGAGCUUGGCAAUUCUGUGACAAGUCACUCCGCCGGCUGGCAGUGGCUAUGGAUCUCGACGUGAGCGAUUUGCCCUCGCGCCGCUAUAAGCAGCAACCCGUCGAUACAAAUCCCUAUGCCUUCCACUCAAUGGAAAACCAUCCCACCUCUGUCACUGAUAUUGAGAUACCAGAAUCUAUCAUAUCAGGCCCUGAUGCAGGGUUUGACUCGCCCCAGCUUGUGAUCCAGGGUGACUUCAUUGCUGGAUCGGGAACAGAUCCCUCAUUUUUAGGAGCAACAGGAGCCGCUGAUCAGUGGCAUUAUGCUCAUGACCGAUUCGAUGAAAACUUUGUAGAUCUGUUUUUCCCGGAACUAUAG